GGGGUGAGGUUUCGCUCACUGCUCGGGCGACGUCGUUGAGGUCCUGCGUAGCGCGCCUCGCUCUGGCCGCCGCGGGAAGAUGGCGGUGCUGAAGGCCGUGUGCGUGAUGAGGGGUGACGGCCCCGUGCAGGGCGUCAUCCACUUCCAGCAGCAGGAUAAUGGACCGGUGAAAGUUACUGGAAAAAUCAGUGGCUUGGCUGAUGGAGACCAUGGCUUCCACGUCCAUGAAUUUGGGGACAAUACAAAUGGGUGUACCAGUGCAGGUUCUCACUUCAACCCUCAAGGCAAGCAGCACGGUGGACCAAAAGAUGCAGAACGGCAUGUGGGAGACCUUGGCAAUGUGACCGCUAAAGGAGGAGUGGCAGAAGUGGAAAUAGAAGAUUCCAUCAUUUCUCUUUGUGGACCACACAACAUCAUUGGACGCACCAUGGUGGUCCAUGAAAAACGUGAUGACCUGGGUAGAGGGGGAGAUAACGAGAGCAAAAUAACUGGCAAUGCUGGCCCUCGUUUAGCUUGUGGUGUAAUUGGAAUAGCGAAGAGUUAAGUAUUGUACCCAAAAUGCUUAAGGUGACAGUGAUAAAUGGGCUGUAUUUCAUUGCAAAUGCUGUACUUGCCCUUCCUUGUGCAAGCAAAAGAUUUAUCACUUAAUCUCAUUACUACUCUGUGUUCUGAGUAUCGCUUAAACAGGUGAACACUGACUUAAUUUUGUAUGAUGUACAUUGCGAUUAAAGUGACCCUGAUGGAAUGUUUCUGUAGUCUUCUGCUAAAGCAUCUGCUGUAACCAUUAAGUGUAAUUGGUACUAACUGGAACUCCCAUUCUGUGUAAUGGAAGAUGUGUAGCAGCGAUCACAUCCUGAGCACCAAAACUUAUAGUACACUCUCUGGUGUGGAGGAUUAGCCUCACGAGCUCUACCAGGGCCACUCACCAAAGAGCAGUAGGCACUGUUGUAUGUAUCAGGGCUUCCUCCUGGCAAAGUUGCAGCACUUGUAGGUUUCAAACUUGUGUAAUAAACUUGCUGGGCAAAUAUA